AUGUUGUCCGACUCAUCUUCUGAUUCCUCUGAUCGGUCGUUCAAAUUCCCAUUUGACACUACUGAUGCUCUUUCGAUUCAUGAGUUGGCGGUUAAGGAUUUACCUAAACCAGAUGCUGAGAAUCCGUUCAGUGUUGCUAUGCACUCUCCACCAGGAUCGCCUCCUUUUGCAGUAGACAGAAAAUCAGUUGACAACUCGGUUGUCGCUGUCACUGACACUCCAUUCGAGUUUGCUCCGAGUCAGAAGUCGUCACAACAUACUAAUAGACCCCCACCAUUUGCAAAAUCUGAAGAGGAAAAUAUGACAAUGAAUCUAGUGGAAAGACUCCGACCAAAAUUCACAAUUGACAAUGAACUGAUUCGAGCAUUUAUAGCAGAACUUUUCUGCACAGGAUUCCUUGUGUUUGGAGGAGAAUGUGUGAAUGCCCAAUAUGUUCUGUCGCAAGGAAAAAAUAAUGAAUGGAUUGGAAUUUCCGUUGGUUGGGGUCUCGUUCUUAUGAUGGCUGUUCUCAUGGGUUCUCGGAUAUCGGGUGCCCAUCUCAAUCCCGCUGUUUCGUUUUUCCAAGUGACUCAGGGAAAAAUGAAUUGGAUUCGAUUCUUGGUGUAUGUAGUGGCUCAGAAUAUUGGAGCUUUUCUUGGUGCUUUCGGAGUAUUUUGUGUUUAUUUCGAUGCAAUAAAUGUAUUCGAAGGAGGUAAUCGGACUGUAACUGGACAUACAGCAACUGCUUCAAUAUUUGCCACGUAUCCUGGUCCAUUUCUCGGAACAUUCAAUGCAAUCAUUGAUCAAAUAGCUGGAACAUUAGUUCUUUGUCUCGGUGUUGCAGCAAUUACAGACCGUCGGAAUGAAAUUCCAUCAUUCCUUCAACCUGCAUGGAUUGGUGCUCUCCUAGCGUUUCUUGGAAUGUCGAUGGCACUUAAUGCAGGAUAUGCAAUCAAUCCAGCAAGAGAUUUCGCUCCUCGUCUCUUCUCUCUUUGUGCUGGAUACGGAUGGGAAGUAUUCAGUUACAGAGACUACAAAUGGUUCUGGAUUCCAAUAAUUUGUCCGAUGAUUGGAGGAGUUCUCGGAGCAUGGAUUUAUGAGUUCUUCAUCGGAUAUCACAUACAAGAUGAUGCUGCUUUAGAAGCUGAAAGUGAGAAACAGUUGCAAAGUAUUCUUGAUGAAGUGGCGGAUAUUGAGAACCAAUUACCAGCAUAUACGGAUAAGAAACAAUUAUCCGACGUUGCAUCCAUUCAUCAGGAUCCAAGUUUCCGAAACAUUUAG